AUGGCUUUCCAGUCCAACUCCAGCAUCGCUAUGGCUCUUGCUGGCAAGACCGCUUCUGUUGAUAUCCCUCAGCCCCGUGCUGGCCUGAACGGCAAGACCCAGUCGCGCCCAGGACAGCCUACCAUGCUUCCAACGCCACCCAACUCUAUCUCCCCCACCCUUCACCCUCAAGCCUUCAAACACCGCCCUGCCCUCUCUCCAGGCUCUCCGCUGUCCACCGUACCCCAGCUGGACUCCGACAUCGACCUGGAUGAUGCCGUCGAGCACGCGAACUUCCAGGAUCGACCACAGCCCUCCCGCGAUCUAGACAGCGUCGGCGAUAUCACCCCGCUCAUGCUGGCUAAAUACCAUCUGCCCGAGAUCCUGCUGCAGCAGGGCCCCUUGGCUAUUCGCCAUGUUAUGGGCUACCUGACCACGUCGGUGCCCGGGUUUUCGCGUAUCCCACCUGCCAAGGCACGUCGACUAGUCGUGGCCGCGUUGGAGGGUCGUGGAAACGGGGAAACAGCCAGUGUGGAUGGCGAUGUUGUGUUCGAGAAGAUCGGUUGGGGACGUUGGGAUGCGCGUCGACGUGGCGAGCCCGCGCGCGACCGCUCCUUUAACGCGACAUCGCCUCCAUCCAGUGUAGCCGAAUCCUUCCAGCAGCGCGGACUGCAGAUCGAGGGCUCUUCAGCCUGGGACAGCCGUCGUGAUAGCCGGGAUCAUUAUACCGUCAACAAGGCUCGUAAUGAUUCGAUCGCGUUUUCGUAUGCGGAGGCGGAUGAUUACGGUGCACGGUACGAAGAUCUCGACAUGCUUGAGCAUGAGGCGGAUAAGAUGUCGCUAGAUGGUGAUGUUCGUGAGUACUGCUCUUCCUCCGAGGCGCCGGACGAGCUGCAGGACGAAGAGUGGAAUGAAGGUGAUGUCACCGACGAAGAGGAUUGGGCACAGAUUGGUGCGGAUGCACUGCGUGCUCGAUCGAUGACUGGGGGUGGUGGCUUUGUGCGCAAUGUUGCGGCUAGAGCAAAGCCUCUUCCUGGGCUUUUCGGUAACGCCAAUGCCCGACCCACUCCAUCCACUAUCGCUCGGUCCACUCCCCACACCUUUGACCACCAGGAACGCGCUGCGGUAGAGGCGCUUCUUCGUCUGGGCUCUAUGUAA